UUGAAGAAAGGAACAAAUUAAACAUGAAAAUACUCGAGGAUAGUAUUUAUAUAAAAUUAUACAAAGAGAAAAGCGCUGAACUUCAGAAGAAGAUUGAAAGCAGGAAGAGAGAAAUGAAACUGAUGAAUGAUCAUCUUGCUGUAAUGAAGCCACAAGUGGAAUUCAUGAGAAAUGAGAACGAAAGGAAUUUGGAGAGGAUUCCCUUGUUGCAGAAAAUUGCGAGGCAAUUGGAGGAAGCGAAUGUUUUAAAAGAAGCAAAGAUGAAAGUUGAGAUUUCCGAAAUCGAAGAAGCGUCGUUAAGAUGUAAACUGCAGUAUAGGAGAUUGGAGGAAGAGUACCAGAACAGAACGCCGGGUUACAAGGAGUUAAAGGAAACCCAAAUCGAGUUGAUGAAGUUGGAAUUUGAAGAGAAGCUUAUGGAGCAGCACAAGCAAGACGAGAAGCAACGAGCGAUUCUCCAGAAAGACAUUAACGAUAGAUUACGAAAUAUAGCGGUCGUCGAAUUCGCGAAAAAAUACGUUGCUUAUAAGAACAACGAGAAACUCGUUGCGGAAAUUAAGGAGAAGAGUGAAGCUUGCGAGGUGCUCAUGCAGCAAUAUCAAGAGCGUCUCUCAAAGUCUGAUAGUAGGAUGUUCCAGUUAAACAUUGAUCCUAAGUUACCAAAGCGUUUCUUGGAAAUUGAGGAACUGCAACAACGGAAGGUGAUUUGCGUGGAUUGGAAAGCGGAAUCGUUUCGGAAAGUUCCCGAUAAAAUGGAAAAUCCGACACCGAAAUCAAUUGGAAAGCCUUCUACUCCGGUCAAGGAAAAGCUUCCUGCUCCAUUCAAAAUACCGCAAACUGUCGUCGCUCCUAAAGAAACUGUCACGGAAACUGCAGCGAUGAAGAUGUCACAGGAAAAACCAUUGGUUGAAAUCAUCCACCAACACAUAAUUCCUCCAACUUUGGAAUCGUCGAACUUGGUGCAGCAGUACGAUGAUCAAAUUGAUAUGCUGCAAACGUUGAACAUUUCUCCAACUAGGAGCUACAAUGAUAUAGAUGUACCAAUGAAUUUCGACGAUAGUUUCAGAGGAUCUCAAUACGCGUUGCAAUCGCCAAUUCCAGCAGAAUCCAAAGACGAACGCAAAUCCGACAACUUUGUAUUCAAUUUUUAAAAUGAGAUUGUCUACAAGUUGAAUUGUUUAU